AUGCCAUUUGCCAGUUUUGUGACGUUGAAGAAACCAAUAUCCCGAUCCCGGUCCUGGACCGACACCAAAUACGUACAAUGCAAUUAUCAAUGUGGCUGGCGAUCAAUGAGUAAAGACAUCUACACGACUUGUUCCGAAACGUAUUGCUAUCUUGACUAUGAAUUGGAACAGAAGCAAGGCUGCUGCGAUGGAUACUACGGUAAUGGAACGGAGUGCAUCCCAGUUUGCCGAGAACCAUGUGAAAAUGGUCGAUGUACCGGACCGGACACGUGCACAUGUAACUCCGGCUACCAGAUGCAGAACGGAAAGUGUUCCCCGCAGUGUACAAACUGUGACCGUGGAAACUGUGUUGCACCGAACCAGUGCAUCUGCAAUACGGGAUUCGUGAAGAAUAAUGCCGGUCGUUGCGUGCCGAAGUGUAACGAUGACUGUGUGAAUGGGAUCUGCAACGAGUUCAAUCAGUGUGUCUGUCGAGAUGGAUUCUAUUUCAAUGAGAAACUCUUGGAGUUGGGAAUAAGAAAUAACACGGUUUGUACGACCAAAUGCGAUCGACCUUGCAUCAAUGGAGUUUGCUCCGGUCGCAACCGAUGCGAGUGUUUUUUCGGAUACGAACUAACGAGGCACGAUCAGUUUACCUGUGCUCCGGUGUGCGAUUUCAGUUGGUUCAACUGCUCCAAUGGACUUUGUGUGGCACCCAAUAGAUGUGUUUGUAACACUGGGUUCAAACUGGACACUAACCGUUGUGCGCCUGAAUGCAUUCCAGGAUGCGUUAAUGGUAUGUGCGAAAAACCGGAUGAGUGCACGUGUUUUGAGGGUUAUGAAAAGUCAAAUGACUCACACGUCUGUGAACCGAUUUGUUCUCCGCCUUGUAAGAAUGGCAUUUGCGUGGGAGUCCAACAGUGUACUUGUUUGAACGGUUAUCAAAAAACGACCGAUAGUGUGUGUGAACCCUUUUGUGAUCGUCGAUAUAUCAACGAUCAGAACGGAAUCUGUAUUGCUCCAAACGUGUUACGCUGUAACGAGGAAUAUUCGUUAGUGGAAUCUUCAGAUCACAAAUUGGGUUGUGUUUCCAAAUGUUACCCGAAGUGUGUCAAUGCAAACUGUACUUCUGAUAGUACCUGCAAAUGUCAUACAGGAUACCAGCUCACGGUUGGCAGCAAUCAUGAAUGUGAGCCAGUUUGUGAUCCGCCAUGCAUGAAAGCCACUUGCAUCGCUCCCAAUCAAUGUUUUUGUGAAAGUGGCUAUCGAAAAACAUUGGAGAAUCCUGAAGUGUGCUCAUUUUUCUGCAAUCCAGAGGUUGUAGAUUGUUCACUUGGAAACUGUACCGACGUAGAUACGUGUGAAUGUUUCCAAGGAUUCGAGCUUGUGGAAGAUUCUAGCCAAAUCCUUCGUUGUACUCCAUUGUGUGAUCCACCAUGUGUGAAGGGAAAUUGCACGGAGAGUAAUAUGUGUGAAUGUUUUCCUGGCUAUAAACUUGCGAAUGCCACAGUUUGUGUACCUAUUUGCGAUGAAAAUUGUGAGAAUGGCUUUUGCUCGGGACCAAAUGAAUGCACGUGUAAUAAAGGAUUCGUGAUGGCUAACGCAACUAAUUGUGAACCAUUUUGUGAUCCGAAUUUUAUAAAUUGUACGUUCGGGGCCUGUGUUCAACCGAAUGAUUGUAGAUGCAAUGACGGAUAUAUCCUCAAGGACGCUAGUUGUGAGCCUGCAUGUGACGGACUUCCUGUAAAUAGUAUUUGCUACGCUCCAGGCGAAUUUCGAUGUCUGGAUGGUCACGGACCAGGAGACGAAGGACACUGCAGUCCCGUUUGCGAGCAGGAUUGUGGUAAUGGAACGUGUAGCGCCCCAAACACCUGUCAGUGUUAUCUUGGCUACCAGGUUGAUGAAACUAGCUCCUGUAGCUCAAUAUGUGAAAAUAAAUGUUCGAUCGAGGCAGGAAUUUGUAAUGAUUUGGUGUGCAUCUGUAAUACAGGGUACGACAACCGAGAAAGUCUCUACUCCUGCUUGCCGAUUUGUGAUAGUUGCUCAAACGGUAAAUGUGUUGCUCCAGGAGAAUGCGAAUGUUUUGAUGGAUUCGAAAUGUCCAACAUUACAAUGUUAUGUGAGCCUACUUGCAGCAACUGCACCGAUGGAUGUUGCAUAGCUCCUGAAGUUUGCAAAUGUCAGGAAGCUCAAGCAGUUAGCAGGAGUGAUUUACCAUGGAUAGUCAUUUGCAUUGUUUUAGGAGGAAUCGUGGCUGCUGCCAGCGUGAUAAUCAAGUUUGUAACACGUAAAAACAGGACGCACUCAUACAAGUGUGAAUAUGACCCCUCAUCGGAUCAAACAUCAAUUACCAACAGUCUUUGAGAAGUUAUAUUAUAGUAAUAAGUUUUACCACAGUGAUACUAUUAAUAUCAAAUGUUAUCACAUAAUGAUCGCCUUACCUUGCAUUGA